UUGAACGUCCCCCUGCUCCUCAUUGUGUAGCAACAUCGCUGCUUUCGACGACGUCCCUGUAAAAUGGCAGAAAUCUGUGUCACGGAAGCACAAAGAUUAGGUUUUAGUUCAUGUAUAUUUGGCGGUGACGAGAUUGUGACAGAGUAAUCACAGCGGCUGUGUAUCAUCGGGAAUAAAGGAUUACAGAGCAGAUUUUUCUCCAAAACGCCCUGCGGGCAGCGGACGGCGGCUGUCGGGAUUAACCGGAGAGCGGUUUUGGGAGAAAAGCUCCAUUUGGAUGCUUGGUUACACUUGUUAUUCAGGGUUUCACCAUGAACCGGAUGAAGCGUGAAAAGGAGUAUUACAGUAUAGAUGUGGGCGAUUCAACAUUUAUGGUUUUAAAGCGCUACCAGAACCUCAGACCCAUUGGAUCCGGAGCACAAGGAAUUGUCUGUUCAGCGUAUGACCACAACUUGGAGCGGAACGUCGCCAUUAAGAAGCUGAGCCGUCCAUUUCAGAAUCAGACCCAUGCAAAACGGGCCUACAGAGAACUGGUUCUUAUGAAAUGUGUCAACCACAAGAAUAUUAUUGGCUUAUUGAAUGUAUUCACACCUCAGAAGACGCUGGAAGAAUUUCAAGACGUGUAUCUGGUGAUGGAGCUGAUGGAUGCCAACCUCUGUCAGGUGAUUCAGAUGGAGCUGGACCACGAGAGGCUGUCCUACCUGCUUUACCAGAUGCUAUGUGGCAUCAAACACCUGCAUGCUGCUGGCAUUAUUCACAGGGACCUGAAGCCCAGUAACAUUGUGGUGAAGUCUGACUGCACUCUGAAGAUCCUGGACUUUGGCCUGGCCAGGACUGCUGCGACCGGCCUUCUCAUGACACCCUAUGUGGUGACACGCUACUACCGUGCACCUGAAGUCAUUCUAGGCAUGGGCUACCAGGCCAACGUGGACAUUUGGGCUGUGGGCUGCAUUAUGGCAGAAAUGGUUCGCCACAAAAUCCUUUUUCCAGGAAGGGAUUAUAUCGAUCAGUGGAAUAAGGUGAUCGAGCAGUUGGGAACGCCAUCUCAGGAGUUCCUCAUAAAGCUCAACCAGUCGGUGAGGACCUAUGUGGAAAACCGGCCACGUUACGCUGGCUACAGCUUUGAAAAGCUUUUCCCUGAUGUCUUGUUCCCUGCAGACUCUGAACACAACAAACUCAAAGCGAGCCAAGCACGUGACUUAUUAGCCAAGAUGCUGGUAAUCGAUGCGUCAAAACGGAUCUCUGUUGACGAGGCUCUGCAGCACCCGUAUAUCAAUGUGUGGUAUGACCCCACUGAAGUGGAAGCGCCUCCACCUGAGAUCACAGACAAGCAACUGGAUGAGAGAGAGCACACAGUGGAGGAGUGGAAAGAGUUGAUAUACAAAGAAGUGUUGGAUUGGGAAGAAAGGACGAAGAAUGGAGUCAUCAGGGGUCAGCCAGCCUCCAUAGGUGCAACAGUGAGCAGCAGCAUGCAGCACCAGCACCACCCCUCCACGUCAUCCUCCGCCUCCGUCAAGGACGUCUCCUCCAUGUCCACUGACCCGACCCUGACUGACACAGACAGCAGCCUGAAGAUGGCCAGCAAUGCUGCCAUCACCUCCGCCACUGCUGGUCCGAGCAGUGGCUGUCUGGGUUGCUGCAGAUGACUAUCAUGGACAACUUGCUCUGGUCGUGGGCUGGGUCACGCCCCCUGGUCAGAAUCAAGACCAAAAGCCCAACACUGGCUCUUGGCUCUGCCUCCUGCAUUUCUCUUCUCCCCUGCUUGUCUUCAGUGGCGUAGCAUUUAGCCAGCUAGCUGUUUGAGGAUUUUUUUUUUCUUUCUGAAAGGACUUUUUUUUGUUGUUGUUUUGCUUUGUUUUUUACAGUAACUUGUUUUCUUCUUUAGUUGUGUCUGAGUCCUCUGUAAUUUAUUCUGGCAUUUCUUAAUUUUUGGAAACCUAAGAUGAGAUUUUUUAAAAUGAUUUCUGUUUCGGUUUAUAUUCACCAGCGGUGAGAAUUUAAACAAAUACCCGUAUAAAAUUUUAUGUGAUCAAAAAAGCUUUUUUUGUUGUUGUUGUUUGGGUUAUGUUUUAAAGUACGUUUUUUCAUUUGUAAGCGACUGCUUUCCCAAUUUGCCAUAUAAAUGUAGAACAAGUCUGUACAGAUUUUAUUGUAGAGAUAGUUAUACCUGCAGUACAGACUUGCAGUGAGCCAUUGAAACAUAAUUUUAUAACAUAAUAAUGUCUGGUCUUAGUAUUCCACUACUACUACAUGUCUCUUUUAAUUUUAUUAAGUGCAUAUGAAAUCCAUUUAUUUGAACUGAAAUCAUCUAGAUUUAUUUGUAUAA